CUCCCUCAGAAGCGCCUCAGGGGGCCGGGGGUCCCUCCAUGGCGCCCGGGGAGGCAGCGGCAGGGAGCGGGGCUGCCUCAGGCCCCGCGUUCCCCCUCAGCGACCAGCAGCGGCUGCAGCUGCGGGAGGCCUUCGACUUGUUCGAUGCGGACGGCUCGGGGCAGAUGGACGUCAGGGGCCUGAAGAUAACCGUGAGGGCCCUGGGCUGUGAACUGAGGAAAGAGGAGAUGAAGAGAAUUAUCUCUCAAGUUGAUGAGGAAGGGUCAGGGAAGAUAAAUUUUGAGUCAUUUCUGCAGGUGAUGGCUCAGAAAAUGGCAGAGCCGUAUUCAGAAAAGGAGAUCCUGAAAGGUUUCAAGCUGUUUGACUAUGAUGGCACUGGCAAGAUCUCCUUUGAGAAACUCAAGCUGGUGGCUACUGAGGUUGGAGAAGACAUCACAGAUGAGGAGCUGAAGGAGAUGAUUGAUGAAGCAGAUGCGGAUGGAGAUGGGGAAGUGGAUCAACAGGAGUUUCUGCGGAUUCUGACAUUGACUGACCUGUAACUGCGAUUUUUUUUUUCUCCCAUUCAGUUGUAAGCAACUGGUUGCAAUGUGACUUUUCUCCAACUUCAUUGUUUUUUGUUUGUUGCAUUUCUUGGGUGUGAAAAUAUACCAAGAUAUUGUUAAUGUUUCAUCUUUGGUGUUGAUUCUGCUCCAUUACUGCAAGCAGUUUUCCACAUCCCAGUAAACAGUGUUGC